AUGGAACGUAACAACGGACCAGUCGCAAACUGCGAAGUCAGAAUCGGCGACUCGAACGCCUUCCCCUUCGCCAACUCCAACAGAGCCCACAACAUCGAAGUCUCCCAAGUCAAGAUUCUCGAAGCCAACCAGGCCAUCCAAUUCGACUGGAGCGGAAACAACAACUACACUAGAGCAUACAAUGACGAGAACCAACAACAGGAGUCCCAAACAGUCCCCAUCAGCGUUGCUGUUUCUGAACCAAACAGAGGAGAGCAAAAUCGACACCGACAAAGCCCGCCCAACGGCUCUGACAGUUCCGACAGUGGCUCCCGCGAAGGAAAUGGUGGUGUUAACCAACUCGGUGGAAUGUACGUAAACGGUCGACCACUUCCGGACCCCGUUCGGCAACAAAUCGUUGAUAUGGCCCAGCGGGGGGUCCGUCCAUGCGAUAUCGCAAGACAACUCAGAGUCAGCCACGGAUGCGUCUCCAAGAUUCUCGCCAGAUUUUACGAAACUGGCAGCAUCCGGCCGGGCGUAAUUGGCGGCUCCAAGCCCAAAGUAGCCACCCCUCACGUCGUCAACAAAAUCUGCGAGUACAAGCGAGCAAACCCGACAAUGUUCGCCUGGGAAAUUCGCGACAGGCUCCUUUCAGAAAACAUCUGCAGCCAGGAAAAUGUCCCAAGCGUGAGCUCGAUCAACAGAAUCGUGCGAAACAAGGCGGCUGAGAAGACAAAGAUGAUGAGUCAGAUGCAAACGAGUAUUCCUGCCUAUCCAAAUGGAAUCCAGAUCCCAACUCAUCCCGACAUCGCUUCUAUCCAUUUGAUCAGCCCGCACCAUCUCCAGCAUCCUCAGAUUUCAAUCCAACAGAACUUCCAUGUUCAGCCUGCUCCGAUCACGAGUGUUCCAAGCAGAACUCAUCACCAGCAAAAGCAAGUUCACCAAGAACAGCCCAACUACGUCCAAGUGUGCGAUUUGGCCGAGCUUGGCGACAUGGCUGAGCUUGCCAACUCGCCGAACUCCCUCAGUCCCACCUCCGUGGACCACUUCGCCCAAACCGCCCAGCAGCAACAAGCCAACAAUAUCGACGCUCAAAAGUGGAGCAAAACUCCAGACAACCUCAGUCCACCCGUCACUUUUGUCGCCAAGGCUGAAACCGAGAGCUCACGCGACCACAAUGAUGUCAACGCUACUCCUCUUCAACUUGAGAGUCAGCCUCAUCAUCAGCAAAACGGACAACAGAACGAGUCUCCUAUUCGCGAUCAGACUGAGCAAUUUAUCAUGACUCUCGAGACGAAACCAGAGUCUGAGAUCGCCGAUGACGGAGCUAUCACAGUCCAUAUACCUCCACCAAAUGGUGAAGCAUCCCCGCCACAGUACACUAUCGAUUUGUCUACUCCCAACAAUUACUUCGCGCAAACUAGUCUUGGCUCCGUCAUUCCUCAACUCAUGACAUGGAACACUGAGCAAGAAAACGACUAUGGCACCAGCUACUUUGACUACAGAUUCAACCAUGUCCAGCCUAAAUUGGAGCGUAUGACUUUACCAAGUGAAGCUGGCCAAAUUUAA